AUGCGAAAAAGAAUCAAAGGCAAGUACGACUGCCUGGUCGAAUUUGGUUCGACCGCUGGAGGGACUUGUGCCUACCAUGUUGACCUUUUCGACGCGCCAGUUGUGGCCACCAUUGAGUACUCGACUCAGAGCCUGGCGUUGUUUGACAACCGUGACUGGUUGGCAAAUUUUGGGAAUCGAGUCGAGAAGUGCACCCUGGGUACGAAGCCUGCAGAGCUUCAGAGCAUCCAGGCCAGCAAGUUCUGCGAGGACCCAGUGGAGGAGUCUACAACCAUCCGCCUGGAUGCGCAGCUGAACUACGUCGGCGACUGCCACGUCGACAUCUCUUGUACUGUUGGUAGUUUAGUGCUCACACAACUGCAAGUCACGGGCGAGAUCGUGAUUGAGCUGGUGAGGCUUCAGAAGCACCCUCCCUGGUUUAGCGGGGUGCGGAUCUACUUCUCCAACCGCCCAAAGAUCGACCUGGUGGUCCAGACGGAAGUCCUGGGCCUGAACGCCAACUUCGAGUUCAUCAAGCAGAAGUUGGUAACUGCCCUGGGCGACGUCAUCGCGAGCCAGACAGUUCUGCCCAAUCGCUUUUGCAUUCCCAUCGCCGACGCCAUCAGCGAAGUCGACCUGCGGACACCAACUCCCCAGGGCGUCGUGCGGCUGGUGGUGGUGGAGGCUAGGGGGCUUCCAGAUCCGGGGCGCUCCCACUGGCACAAUGUGCUGCGGCCCUUUCUUGGCUCCCGUGGCGUUCCCGAGGGCCCCGACGUCCAUCCCUUUGUGGAGGUGGCCAUUGGCGCGCAAGUUCAGCGGACAGAAGUGGUGAAUGGAAGCCUUUCUCCGAAAUGGGAGCACGGCAACUGCUUCGACUUCGUCGUGGAUGACAUCAAACGCCAGGAAGUCGAGUUUGCAGUCCACGACAGCGACACGGGCACCUUCAAAUGGAAGGCCACCGUCUUGGGCUGCGGGGGAUCCAAACUGGCUGCGCUGCUGGAAGGCCAACGCACAGAGAACCAGCUGCCGGGCGCCUGGAUUCGGCUGGUCACCGGCCCAGGGAAGCUGAUACCGGCAGGGCAGCUCCAGGUGCGAGCCGAGUGGCGGCCGCUCCAACAGGGCCGAACAGCCGGACCGGUUGAUGCGCCAGCCUCCAUCUACGUCCAGCCAUGUUCAGGCCUUUGGACAGUUGGCCCAAGUUCUCAGAGCGAGUGGGUGCUCGUGGCGGAUGUCCUCAGCGCGACCGCGCUGCCAGGGGACAGCAACGGGCAAAAGCACCGUGUCUCCUUGAGCCUGCUGUGGGAGGGUGCCGACACCGGCCGCCAGAGUUCUACAGGCUUGGCCUUGGCUGAGAGUCCUUUGGCCCUCGGUGGGCAGAUGAUCGGCAACAUGAACCUCCGGCCCGAGAUUGGAGAAGUGCUGCGGAACCAUCCCGAAAGGAUCUACGCUCUCUGGCGCGCAAAGGUUCCGAUCGAUCCCAAAGCCGAGCGGCUUGAGCGAGGCUACCUCUUUCCGAAAGCGAGCAAGGGGGACCUCAUCUCCCAGGCGUGCAUCCACGGUCCCUACGGCGCCUACCAGCCGAUGUUUGUGGACGCAGUGUGGAAUUGCACCUGCCAGUUGCUGCUGGACUCUGUCCCUGCCAUGACACUCAGGUUGGCAGUGAGUGAACAUGGAUCUGACGCGGUAGUGGGCCUUGCCUGCUACGCCCUGGAUCAGCUCCUUGAGGCCCCGGGAUGGCGCUUCGAGGGGCUGCUGCCCUUGCGGAGAGUUGGCAAGGUUCAGAACAGCCCGGACGACUUCUGUGCGGCUCUCCGGGUGAGGCUGCGGCUGCACCAGCUGGAGACUCCUCCGGCGCACGGCGCGGCCAACGCACCUGCGACGAAGCUGUCGCGGACCGGGUCACAGUGGUUCGAUGCGGUGGGAGAUCAACUCGAUUCCUGGCGCCACACCUUGACAAAAAGUUUCAGUCACCUCGACACGAAAGUGCCGGAUGAGGCCGCUGCCAAUCAUCCGAGCACGGGCUCGGCACCCCACUUCUUAGCGAUGCCGCCCCCGCGGCGCCCAGCCGACAUGCCGGAUCAUGGAAACUUUCGGUCCCGGCGCUUCGUCCCACAGGCCUCCGUCAGACGCCUCGGGACCGACGAGCUGGAGUUUCAUGAGGCCCUUGAGCCCGACUCCGCUGAGAUGCUGGGCUUGAGAGGCGGCGUGUGCCUCUGA